AUGGCCACCUCGCCCGUUGUAUCUCCCUGGGUCCAGAUAAAGGCUCAGUUGGAUGGUGACCCGGGUAAUUGGGCCACCAAACGCUAUCUUAGAGCAGUUGGUGGUGAAGUAAGUCGAGUUUUGGGCGGUUAUGCUGAAAGACUGGAUGCUGCUACCUCUUCUGGUCCUCGCCAAGAGACCCUUUCUGCCGUCUACCAUGUUAUUGCAGGAAGCGGACGGUCUAAGGUAGGCGGCUUGGGGGAAGGAAAAUCCGAGGAUGUUGUCAAGUGCUCCUUUGAUUGUUGUUAG